GGGGAGCGUCGGGAGCGACAGGAUAGAGAGGGGUCGGAUGCGGUACCGGCGCUGUACUCGAUUCACCGUGCGACGGUGCACUCGAUCCGCGCGUUCGGCAUGUUCGUGCGACUGGAGGGGUAUCGCAAGCACGGGCUCGUGCACCUGUCGCACGUGUCCGACUACGAGGUAGCUAAGCGGGACGACACCGACGACGCUAAAGUGGAGGCUCUUAAAGGCGUGGCGGCCGAGGGCGAGCAGGUCUGGGUCAAGGUAAUCAGUCUUAAAGACGAAACCGGCGCUGACGUCAUCGACACCACCCCAGGCCUCCCAGGCUCGGCAAACGUCCGGAUCGGGUGCUCGAUGAAGGUGGUUUCGCAAACGGAUGGUGCAGAUCGCGACCCCAGCAAUCAACGGAUAGGAGGCGGGGGGGGCGGCGGGAGCAAGUGGCGCGCCCCAGUGAAACUGGAGCUAGAAGCGGUCUUAAACGUGACGUGCACGCGGUGCGGCGGGCAGGGGCACUUAAAGACGGAGUGCUACGGCCCCUUGGGUUCGAGCUACGAGCUCCUGGCGGAUGACGCCGGGGAGGAGAGGACAGGGGUGGAGGGCGGGAGAGGGCUGGCGAUGACUCAGCCGGCGUGGAUGACAGCUCAGCAAAAGGGGGGGCUGGCUGGUGGGAUUAUUGGGGAAGGGUCUGGUCGUGAGGGGGAUGUGGGUGGUGUGAGGGAGGAGGAAAGGUGCGAUGAUGGAGUGGGGCAGGAAGAGGAGGAGAGGGGAGGGGAGAAGAGGGACAGGAGAUCAGAGAGGGAGGAGAGGCGGGGGGAGAAAGACCGGAAGCGGGAGGAGAAGGAGAAGGAGAAGGGAGUAGGGAUUGGGAGUGUGGAGGAUGCAUUGAGGAUCAUUGAGGAGAUGAAGAGAGAGAAGAAGGAGAGGAGGGAGAGGAAGAAGGCACGCAAGGAGGCCAAGAGGGAAAGGAGGAGGAAGAGCAGGAGAGGGGGUGACGGCAGCAGCUCUGACAGUAGCGAGAGUGAGAAGAAGAGGGAGAGGAGGAGGAAGCGGAGGAAAAAGGAUGCGAGCAGUAGUGAGAGUGAAGGGAGUAGUAGUAGUUCGGGUGAUGAGCGGAAGCGGAAAGAGCGGAGGAGUCUUAGGCACAAGAAAAGGGGAUCUCGGCACAAGAGAGAUGCGAGCAGUGACAGAGAUUGAGAUUAAACGAGAUCUGAUCGUUCAAGGGCAGGAGGGGGAUAGGAAGACGUGUUUUUGAAUUCAAGUAUUGUGUAUGCAUUGCUUAUGGUGCC